ACCCGCCCCCUCACCAUGUGGUGGGAGGAGCUUGUGUGUGUGUGACUGGAGGGAGCAGAGACCCGACAGCGGGAUCGGCAGAUUUCCGGAUGCAGCGGUCGGUGGUGGUCGUAGGGGGCGGGAUCAGCGGGUUGAGCGCCUGCUAUCACCUGGUUAGAGAUGGCGGGGUGUCUAAGGUGACAUUACUGGAGGGCAGCGGCCGGCUGGGUGGGUGGAUGCGCUCCACACGGACUGAGGAUGGCGCUGUGUUUGAGCACGGCCCCCGCGGUAUGCGCCCCGCAGGACUGGUGGGGAAGAACACACUGUGCAUGAUCUCAGAGCUGGGAUUAGAAGGAGAUCUUCUCCCCGUACCGAGGAGUCACCCGGCCGCCAAAAACCGCUACCUUUAUGUCAACAAAUCCCUGCACAAGAUGCCAUCGAGCCUAGGGGGCGUCCUGCGUACCAUCCCCCCAUUCACAAGACCUCUGUUCUUAUGUGGACUCCGGGACCUGACAGCUCCACGCGGAACAGCGGAGGACGAGAGCGUCCAUGAUUUCUUCUCACGCCGGUUUGGAAAAGAGGUGACAACCUG